CCUCCUUGUGAGAGCAGAGCGUGCCGGUUGCUGUAGCACCAGUAACGACUGCAUUCCCAGGGACGCUGUCACGGGAGGUUUGGCUGGAAAAGGAAAGCUUGUGGUUCUUGUGGCUGCUUUCUGUUACAGGUCCCCUCCUGGUCAGCUUCACUCCACAAACACUCCUCCCUGUAACACACACUCUUAACUUUACCUCAGGGCCAACAGAAAGUGCUCAGCAUUAUCAAACACAACCUGUCAACCAUUUAAAACACAAACACUUUCCACGCCACACACAAGCACUAACAGGUUCACUCUCCACAAGCACACACUCACCUUUUACCUCAUCAGCAGCAUCAUGCUGAGCCAGGAGUUCUUGCAGAAGUUGAAGUUGCAAGUUCUGGAUGAUGUCAGCCAGUACAUCAGGAAUGUGUCCACCCCAGUGUUGGUCAGCAUGGGAGCGGUGGCUGCUGCGACAACCUACUACCUGGCAACACGGCCCAAGGCCCUCCUGCCACUCUGCGACCUCAACAUGCAGUCAGUUGAGAUUCCGGGCGGAGAGUUUGCUCGACGAUCAGCUCUGCAGAACGGAGACAGUCACCUAACACACGUCUACGAUGAUGCCAGAACAAUAUAUGAGUUCUUCCUCAGAGGGGUCCGACUCUCCAAUAAUGGUCCCUGUCUGGGCUCCAGGAAACCAAAGCAGCCCUAUGAGUGGAUGUCCUACAGAGAGGUAAUGGAGCGAACAGAGAAUCUGGGUUCGGCAUUUCUCCACAAAGGACACUCCAAGACCACCGACCCCCACAUUGGCAUCUUCUCUCAGAACAGACCGGAGUGGACCAUCAGUGAGCUGGCAUGUUACACCUAUUCUCUUGUGUCAGUGCCUCUGUACGACACACUGGGAACAGAAGCCAUCAACUACAUCAUAGACCAAGCUUCCAUCUCGACUAUAGUGUGUGACGUGGUGGAUAAAGCUAACCUCGUACUGAACUGUGUCGGGGACAGGGAACACACUGUGAAAACCAUCGUGCUCAUGGAGACCCCCAGUGACGAGCUGGUCAACAGGGGAAAAGAGGCUGGAAUCCACAUCCUCAGCCUGCAGGAGAUGGAGGCCAUCGGGAAGGCCAACCAUCGCCAACCAGUGCCUCCACAACCUGACGACAUGGCCAUUAUCUGCUUCACCAGCGGAACAACAGGAAACCCUAAGGGAGCUAUGAUCACACAUAAGAACAUUGUGUCCAACUGCUCGGCUUUCAUCAAACUGACAAAGGUUUCCUGUCCAAUAUCUCCCAGUGACGUCCAUAUAUCCUUCCUGCCCCUGGCUCACAUGUUUGAGAGAGUAGUACAGGCACUGAUGAUAGUGGAGGGAGCCAGAAUCGGCUUCUUCCAGGGAGAUAUUCGUCUGCUGUCAGAUGAUCUGACCACACUAAAACCUACUGUGUUCCCUGUGGUACCCCGACUCCUAAAUAGAAUGUAUGAUAAGAUUUUGGGGCAGGCCAACACCUCCUUGAAGCGCUGGCUGCUGGAAUUUGCCUACAGGAGGAAGGAGGCAGAGAUGAAGAAAGGCAUCAUGAGGAGAGACACUAUCUGGGAUCGACUCAUCUUCCGGAAGGUCCAGGCCAGCCUUGGAGGUCGUGUGCGUCUCAUACUAACCGGAGCUGCUCCCAUCUCUCCUGCUGUCCUCACCUUCCUCAGAGCUGCAAUGGGCUGUCAGUUCUAUGAAGGCUACGGACAAACGGAGUGUACCGCUGGAUGCACCAUGACCAUGCCUGGGGAAUGGGCUGCAGGUCACGUUGGAGCUCCUCUGCCAUGUAACUCACUUAAAGUGGUAGAUGUGCCUGAGAUGAACUACCUGGCUGCAAACGGAGAGGGAGAGGUGUGUGUGAAGGGUCCUAACGUGUUCCUGGGCUAUCUGAAGGAUCCCGAGAAGACUGCGGAGGCUAUUGAUGCAGAUGGAUGGCUUCACACUGGGGACAUUGGAAAAUGGCUUCCUAAUGGCACGCUAAAGAUCGUGGACAGGAAGAAGCACAUCUUUAAGCUGGCACAGGGGGAGUACAUUGCUCCUGAGAAGAUAGAGAAUGUCUACAUUAGGAGUGAUGCAUUGGCACAGGUCUUUGUGCAUGGAGACAGUCUGCAGGCAUGUCUGGUAGCAGUGGUGGUGCCUGAUCCCGACUUCCUGUGUGGCUGGGCCAAGAGGACCAUGGGGCUUGAGGGCAGCUACCAGGAACUAUGUGGCAGAGCGGAUGUUAAGAGAGCCAUCAUGGAGGAUAUGGUGCUACUAGGCAAGGAAGGAGGCCUCAAGUCCUUUGAGCAGGUGAAGUCCAUCUACGUCCACACCGAACUGUUCUCAAUCGAGUCCGGCCUGCUCACUCCGACCCUGAAGGCCAAGAGGAACGAUCUGCGGCAACGCUUCAGAUCCCAGAUAGACGAGCUGUAUGCUGGGAUCAAAAUGUAGACGGAGAGGAGGAGAGCAAACUGUAAUAACAGACACUAAAGCUCCACCAAAGGUGUUUUUAGAUGAAGGGAAAAGGUAGAGCACAUGUGGGGAAGCAAAUGAAGAGAUCCUGUCAGACCUUGAGGUUUAUCAUCUGUUGAGUCCUCAUGCUCAGUAACAUGAGAAACAACAGGAACAGUAGGCGACAUAGCUUUUAACAGAAUUUGAUUCAGAGCGUUUAGAACAUAAUUAAUGACCUAUAGCAUCUAUGGCACAGAAUACAUGACCUCUGAAGGUGCGGAGUAGAUUUAUUAGAGAUAAUAUGUUGAUUUUUUAAUCAGCUGUUUUGCUGAUAAUAGCUCCAUUAAGGGUGUUUUAAAGGGAAAUGUCAAAGUGCAGCUCAGACUUCUCAGGACUUCAGUGUCAAAAACCACACACAGUACCUCCCCCCCCCCCCCCCACACACACAGACACACACACAAGCCUUUUAACUUCAAGGAUAAAGACGGUAGACUCAGGCCACUAAAACGGGUUCACUGAGGGUCAAAUUUGGAUUAGGAGCCAGGUUGAUCACUGUAACCCAAACAGCUUUACAUACCACAGUUUAAAGUUUUCAGAUUUUGGAUGAGAUUUAUUUGUCAGAUGUUGUUGUAUUUUACUAUGUUUAUUGACUUUCUUUGGUAGAGAAAUGAAAUCUCCUAUGGAUGACAAGAUUGUUAGUGUCCUUAAAUCUGUUAACGAAUAAGAUGAAGUUCAGUUAGGACCUGGGGAACCAGCAGAGUAAGCCAUAUUAAAGAUAAUCUAAACAAAGCUAACUGUAAACAGGGGAUUCAGGUGCUUGAGAACGGCCAGGGAAACUGUCAAUGUUUUAAUUUAUUUAUGUUGCUAACACAAAGGGAAAAGAUUUGUUGUAGGAACCAGUUUUCUUAAAUUAUUAUAAUAUGCUGCCAUAGGGUGAAAUACACAUAUACAUUAAAAAAUGACAUUGUUCACAACCCGAAUGAAAUCCUUUUGAAUGUUUGUAGUUUUAAUUUAAUGGAAGUUCCUUUGACUAUGGUCUUGCUGUAAUUGUUUUGUUGUCACCUCAUUUGUUUUGUAAAAAACUAAUUAAUUAAAAAUCAUCAAAAGAGC